AUGAUGGACGCGGAGCGUCUGAGCUACAUCUUCUCCUUCAUCGGUCUAGGGUGGUAUAUCGCGAUGUGGUUCAUUGUGCUACUGGGAGCGUUCUCCGCUCGCCAAAGGUAUCGACCUCAGCGCCAAUCGUUUUCUUGGCGUCCUUUGCUGCAAGUCCCGGGAGUAUCCAUCCUCAGGCCUCUCAAAGGCCUAGAUACCAAUCUUUACGAAAAUCUGGAAUCCACCUUCAAACAAGACUACCCGAAUUAUGAAAUACUCUUCUCUGUGGCGGACGAACAGGAUGGUGCACUCCCCAUAGUCAGGGAGUUAAUAACGAGAUACCCUAAUGUCAACGCGGAAAUCGUUAUUGGAGAACAAGUCGUUGGCGUGAAUCCCAAGGUCAAUAAUCUUAUUCGUUCAUAUCACAAAGCAGCCCACGACAUCAUCUGGGCACUCGACUCCAACGUCUCGGUUGAUCCAGGAACCUUGGGACGAUCUGUUGACUCUCUGAAUGCGCCAUUAUCUCCAUCGCAAAAACCGAUCGGCCUGGUGCACCAUGUUCCAUUUGCAUUCUGCAACGAGUCGCAUACCGGUUCCAGGAUAGAGGCGGCCUUUCUGAACACAACUCACGCGAAGAUGUAUAUCGCUAUAAACACUGUAGCGAUCGAAUCCUGCGUCGUUGGAAAGUCAAACAUUUUCCGCCGAUCAGACCUUGAGCGCGUCGAUGGCAGCCUCCGACCCAGGAAUAAAAGGGCUACACCUCAGCCGACAGCCUGUGGUUUGCACGUUUUCGGUCGUUUCCUCGCAGAGGACAAUAUGAUCGCAAGUGCGCUGUGGCAUGAGUUAGGUCUUAGGCACGAGCUAUCCUGCGACGUAGCUCAUAACGCUGUCGGAAAUAUGUCGCUCUCCGACUAUUUUUGGCGAAGGGUUCGCUGGAUACGAGUCCGACGGCACAUGGUCUUGACUGCGACAUUACUGGAACCAUUCACUGAGUCUGUGAUGCUGUGCAUAAUUGGAAGCUGCAGCAUCGGCCAUCUCUUCGGUUUUCCGUCAUGGAUAUUUGCACCCAUGCACUUUGCUUUCUGGCUUUUAGUUGACCUCGAUGUUUACGCAUCACUUGCUGGGCGCACUAUGGCAAGUUCUGUGGCAUUUGACUUCAUCGUGGCAUGGGUUGCGCGGGAGAUGCUCACAUUGCCCAUCUGGGUUUGGGCAAUGCUCGGGAGCGAGGUCUCAUGGCGAGGAACCAAAUACCAAAUGCUCCGCAAUGGCGAGGUAAGACCCAGCCUCACAACUUGA